GUAAUAUGAAUUCAGAUGGUUACAUCGAUGUACUUGCAAAACAUUUUGUUCCCUGGGCAAAUUCUUUAUUAGAACAAUAUCCGGAUGAAAUAAAUUUAGUAUUUCAACAAGAUUUAGCUCGUGUUCAUACAUCGACUGAUUCAGAAUGGUGGAUGAAAUCUUAUGGUUUCGAUAUAUUAGAUUGGGCGCCGUAUAGUCCUGAUUUGAAUCCGAUCGAAAAUCUUUGGGAACGUGUUAAUUCGGUGCUACGUAAUAGAAGGCCAGCACCUAAAACUCAAGAAGAAUUGGUUAAGUGUAUAAAAGAAGAAUGGAAUAAAAUACAAAUUGUGUAUAUUCGUUCGCUUAUCUGUA